AUCUACAGAAACUCUCGAUUUCUCUUUUUCAAUCCUCCAAAGUUGCAGUUUUUAGAGAGAUUUUAGCUCAAGAACUCAUCUCAACCAGUGGUACAACUCAAAAAGAUAUGUCUGUUGUAAAUCAACAAUUUUUCAACCCCAUAUGGAAGCCUUGUGUUUCUUCAUGUCCAUUGUUAGCUGCCCAGUUACUUGUAAUGCCAAUGAGUAAUAGAGAACUUUCUGUUGUUUCCACCAUUGCUGCUGCAAAAUCUACAGCUUCGAUUGGUGAAGGAAAUGAUGAUUAUGUUGAUAUUAGUAGUGGGAGAGCAGCAGCCAAAGGGUCAGGUACUACGGCGAGAGGAAGGAGGUUGUUGAAGGUUAGGGAGGAGAAGAGGAAGCGGGAGUAUGAACGUCUUCACAAUUACCCAGCUUGGGCAAAAGUGUUGGAAGAUGCCUGUAAACAUGAUACAGAGCUUCGUGCUGUUCUUGGUGAUAGUAUUGGCAAUCCAGAGCUUAUGAGGAAAAAGGUCGAAGAGAGAGUUCGAACAAAGGGCCAAAAUUUUCAGAAGUCUAAAACAGGAUCAGUGCUUUCAUUCAAAGUCAGCUUUAGAGAUUUUAAUCCUCUUGAUUCAUACAUAUGGUUUGAACUCUAUGGCUCACCAUCUGAUCGAGACGUUAACAUUUUCGGUAGUGUUAUCCAGGCAUGGUAUGUCAUGGGACGUUUAGGUGCAUUUAACUCAUCUAAUUUGCAGCUGGGGGGUUCAUCAAUGGAAUUCAAUCCUCUUUAUGAUGCAGAAAAAGGUUUCAACGUGAUGCCUUCAUCAUUCCAUGACAUAAGUAAUGUUGAAUUCCAGGACAACUGGUCAAGAGUUUGGGUGGAUCUUGGCACAGCUGAUUUCUUCUCAAUCGAUGUUCUUCUCAAUUGCUUGACUGUAUUGAGCUCAGAAUAUAUAGGCAUCCAACAAGUUGUUUUUGGUGGUCAGCGGAUGGGUGAUUGGGAAGAGGGAAUGACCAACUCUGAUGACGGUUACAAAUACUUUGAAAUUUGACAUGGAUGGAGUUAUCAUGCUCCUGCAAUAUUCAAGUUUUUCAAUUCGAAAAGAGAUGAAGCUUUGUAGUAAUAUCCCUAAAACACGAUAAAUUUUGAUCAGGAG